AUGUGUAUUUACUGUUUGCUGACAGGCAUUGGUCAUGAUCAAGAGGUGGACAUUGAAAGACUACCUGAUCCUAUUCCACGUGGAGUGUUCAAGCAAGUUAUACCACAUGGACCACCGACCUACAUUGUAGCUGAUCUGGAAACCACUGAUCUAAUAAGGGGAGAUCAAAUUCCGCACAUCACCCAGAUAGCUGCUGUUGAAAUGUCAACUGGUUCUACAUUCAACAAGUAUGUUAUCCCAAAAAUUCCUAUCACAUCAGCUGCAGAGAAUGUUACCAAAAUUAUUAUGGUUAAUGAAAAGGUGAUGGCAGUGGAUGGUGUGACAGUGGAGCCAGUUCCGUUACAUGUAGCAUUGAAAAAAUUUCUUUCAUGGCUUGAAUCGUUUGACAAUAUUUACAUUAUUGCCCAUAAUGGAAGGCGAUUUGACUUUAUAGUAUUGACAGCAGCAUAUAAAGUUUGUGGAUUGCUACCAAAUUUCUUGUCGGCUAUCACAGGGUUAGUAGAUUCAUUACCUGUGUUCAAACAUGUGUAUCCUAAUAGAACUUCAUACAAACAAGAGGAUCUAGCCCGUGAUCUUUUGUGCAAGGGCUACAAUGCACAUAAUGCAGAAGCUGAUGUAAAAUGUUUAUCGGAGCUUGUGUCCCUGAUGGUGUCAACGCAAAAUGAUUGUAUGAUUGUAAAAAGUUUUCCACCGAUUGAUAUUAAAUUCAAUAUGGACUGUAAUAAAGAAAAAAAGAAAAAUUUUCCAACUCUCGAAGUACUUAUAGCAGCUGGGGUGAUGAAGAAUGCAACUGCUGACAAUAUUGCAAGUUCCGGUCUGAACUUUGAACACUUAAAAACAAUAUUCAGGAGAAAAGGAGAAGAUGGACUGUUAAAUGUUUUUACUGCAAAAAAUAGUGAAGGCCAACCUCGAGUAACCAACGCAAAGAGGACUCUAGAGUCUGUGGUGCCUAAACUUGCAGCUUACUUUGAAAAAAAUUGUUAA